GGCAAUUCGUAGUGUCAGUGAGACAAUAAACAAAUCGCACGCAAGUAAAAGCUAAAAACAUCCGAGUUCUCAAUUUUUAACAUCUUUUAUUAAUUUUUAAUUCAACUUCGCUGGCGUUUAACUUUUUCCUAUGAUGGACGGCGAAUCUGCCCAAAGUGAUGAUGCACUUGGGCCUCCAAACGAGGCGGAGAGCGAUAACAAGACACCGACUGAACACCGCGUCAACGAAAUGCAAGAGAAUGGCUCGCCGGCUGUUGCCUGCAACUGCAACCCUUCAAUCACCGAAGAUCUGGAGGAAGACGUUGAAAAAAUCAAAGGAGACAUGAUUGGUGAUACAGUUUAUAGUGAAAGAUGGGUCUUAAAAUGUUUGAUGAACAUUACUAAGAAAUUUACUGAAUACUGCCAAGAAGAGGAAAUCAAGGAAUUAGAGUCGUCAUUCGAGGAAGAUCUGUGCACAAUUUGGGAUAUGGCAGCUGAAAAAGAUGUUGCUCAGUUUUUAGCAAAGCAUGACAUUUUGAAUCUUAUUGAAGCUAUCCUAUCUGAAUGCAAAAAUCCACGUCUCAUGGAAAUUAUGUUAGGAAUCCUAGGAAACUUAGUGUGCCAAUCUGAGAUCAGAGAAGAGGUUUCAAAGCAAGAGUCGUUAAUUGAGAUCUUGGCGGCAGCUCUCACCUAUCCCGAUGGACCAGCACUGAUUCAGCUCGUAAGACUGAUUAGAGCAUGCCUCUGGGAACUGCGAAACUCUGAAUUAAAUGAUGAACCCCGAGAUAGCUUCUGGAUAAAAUCACUUGCUCAGGACGAGUGCAGUGCUAGUUUGACUUUCAUCAUUCAAAGCUCUGUGGAAGAGGACUUAGUGGUGGCAGGAAUCAAGUUGAUGGAGACAUUGGUGUACAUUAGACUGCCUAAUGGAGCUGGUUUUUUGGGCAAAUAUUUUGCUAGCACAGAAGUCGUAGCUGCACUUUUAGAGGGACUUCGAGAAAUCACAUCGAACUCAGACAAGUCUGAGUACAAUGUUCCUAGUAUUAAUGUGGAAGAAGCGCUUACUGCUUGGGUUUCAAUUUUGCAUGGUCUCACCUUUUGCACAAAUGGAGAAUCUGCCAUAAGAUCAAAUGCUGAGCCUAUUUUGUACUUUCUGCACCUCAUUGUAAGCAAUUUUCUUGAAAAAGAAAACUGGAAAGAGUAUAUUGACGAGCAGGCAGACUUCAUCAUGUGCGCCACAACAGUCUUGAAUCUCCUCUUGCCCACCGACUUUCACUCCGGCUGCCUUGCCAAUGCCGUUACUUUGUUAGAACGAGUUCAGAACAUUGAUAAUCUUCGAGAAGGACUUGAAAAGCUUAUGGUGGCUGUUGCUGCAGCUGAGGGCGUGCAGUCGCAAAUGCUCUCAACACUCUCCGAGUGCCACGCACCAGAAGUGGAACUUUGCUUUUUGGCAAUUUUCAAACAGGACCGAGCUCUGCUGACACAACUUGUGGCAGAACUUAAGUGCAUCAACAGGACUGAUAGACUUUGUGAAAUUGCCAACAACAUUUUGAACAGGUAAAAUGAUUUAAAACUUCAACUUUUUAUUUCCGAAAAAUAGUUAUGUGAAUUUAAAUCAACGAACGGAUUAAAUGCUUAUGAAAUAACACAGCAGAAAAUCAUUUUUUAUCUUAAACU